AUGCAGAUGAAGCAUCUCAGGGAAACUCUUUACUCAGUUCUUCUUUUCCAAGAUAUAUCCUUUUUCGACAGAGAAGCAGUUGGUGAUUUGACAAGCAGACUUGGGGCAGAUUGUCAACGAUUAUCUCUUGUUAUUGCGAAUGAUAUUAGUUUGAUCUUACGCAAUGUUCUUCAGGGGAUAGGUGCACUGAUCAAUUUGCUGAUAUUAUCUCGGCCUCUCGCAUUAUCAACAUUGUACCAAAAGAAAGCUGCAAAGUUAGUCCAAGACUUCACUGCUGGUGCCAAUGAAGCUGCGCAAGAAACAUUUUCCUUGAUGAGAACUGUCCGGGUUUAUGGAACUGAAAGAAAAGAAUUUGGAAGGUUCAAGCAAUGGCUAGUCAAAGUUGCUUUUGUAAACAUUCGAGAGAGUGUGGCUUAUGGAUUCUGGUGUGUGAGUUUCAGUACUCUUUAUCGUUCAACGCAGAUUAUUGCAGUGGUGUUGGGAGGAAUUUCAAUUAUGAGUGGUCAUGUAUCAGCUGAGCAACUAAGUAUCUUGGCUUUAUGGUAUAAGUUGCACAAUGACCUUGCAUCUACACUGGAACAGCGUGCUAUACUUGAGAAUGAAAUGUUGUGCAGACAGGAUGAGGAGCUUCGGUGUUUAUUUCCACAAACUGACCAUGCAGUCCCAUCCUAUCUGGAAUAUUAUCCGGUGGAAAAAGAGAAAUCCCUUGUAAACCAUGGUGUCACAAACCCAGAUUUGGUCAGCAAUUUUGCAUUUGAGAAUGGAGAUUCUGACAUCACCCUGCAUUUAGGGAGGGAUUUUGUUCCUUCUUUUGCAACUACUGCCUUUUCACAGGACCUUACAGGGCUCCCUAGCUAUAGUUUCACUUGA